AACGUCGAAGCAAUCGGUUGUUCGCUUCGCUUCGUCUCUGUCGUCUGUCGUUCGGUUCGUGUUGUUGCUUGUUCGAGUGUCCGUUGUUUCGUGUACUUUGUCGUUUGUUGCGUCCAACGAGCACCCAAAACAAAAAUCCAAAAUGUUUUAUUAGAAUCGAAAAGAACAAUUUUCAAUUAAUUUAAUGCCAAAUAAAGUUUGCAAGCAGCUUUAGAGCAGUUCUCUGUUAGGUUUCUGUUAGCGUUUUCCAAACGCCAUCACACUUUUCCGCUCACAAGAAAAACCAAAAAAAAAAAAGCAAUAAUACCUAAGAUGGGUCUUUCGGAUAUACCAGCCAACUACAUGACCCAGGGCAGCCAUCCCCACCUGAAUCAUCCGCACCUGAGCAGCCACCAUCAACAUCAGCAUCACAAUCAACAGAAUCAUCAGCAUAAUGGCACGCCCGCCCAGCAGGCAGCCCAUGUCCUGGCCAUGGAAUCGAAUGAGCUGCUGAUGAACACCAAAGACAAGUUGUCCAGCAAAAAGAAGAUGCACUUGCUCAAAAAGAUCAAGAAGCGCUUUGGACUCGUUCGCCGUUCGCCCUCCUCAUGCCCUGGACCCAACAACCUGCCGCCCCUGCAGUUCCACAGCGUGCAUGGCGAUAAUAUCAGGAUCUCACGCGAUGGUACACUCGCACGUCGCUACGAGAGCUUCUGUCGGGCCAUCACCUUCUCCGCGCGCCCCGUGCGCAUCAACGAGCGGAUCUGCGUGAAGUUUGCGGAGAUUUCGAACAACUGGAAUGGGGGCAUACGCUUCGGCUUCACCAGCAACGAUCCUGUGUCGCUGGAGGGCACACUGCCCAAGUACGCCUGUCCCGAUCUGACGAACCGUCCCGGCUUCUGGGCCAAGGCACUGCACGAGCAGUACUGCGAGAAGGAUAAUAUCCUGUACUAUUAUGUGAACAAUGCGGGGGAUGUGAUCUACGGCAUAAAUAAUGAGGAGAAGGGCGUGAUCCUGUCGGGCAUCGAUACGCGAAGUCUGCUGUGGACUGUGAUUGAUAUCUAUGGCAAUUGCACGGGAAUUGAAUUCCUGGACUCGAGGAUCUACAUGUACCAGCAGCAGCAGCAGCACCAGCAGAUAACCCAGUCCCUGCCCCUGCAACCGGUGAUGCAGCAGCAGCAGCAGCAGCAGGUGGCACAAAUGCAGCAGCAACAGCAACAACAGAUGCCACAACAAUCCGCCCUGAAUCCGCAUCAUCCGCAUCAGCAAUCGCGUCGUUCGCUGCCCGGCAAUGGCGGCGUGAUCGAACACGAUCUGGAGAGGCAUGUGAUGCCAUCGUUGCAGUCAUUGCAUUUGACAGGAAAUGUCACAAGCAGUGUGGAGCAGGCGGCCAUCGCCCAUGAUCUGGCGAAUGGUCUGCCACCGCUACGAUACAAUGCCAAUGGACGGCUCAUACCGGUGCCCUUUCACAUCACCAAGGGCAGGAAUGUGCGCCUCUCCCAUGACCGUUUCAUUGCCUCCCGCACAGAGUCGGACUUCUGUCAGGGAUAUGUGUUUACGGCCCGCCCCAUACGCAUUGGGGAGAAGCUGAUUGUGCAGGUCCUCAAAACCGAGCAGAUGUAUGUGGGUGCCCUGGCGCUGGGUCUUACGUCGUGCAAUCCCGCCAUCCUGCAACCAAAUGAUCUGCCAAACGAUUCCGAUUUCCUGCUAGAUCGUCCCGAGUAUUGGGUGGUCUCCAAGGAUAUAGCGGCAGCCCCACAGCGCGGCGAUGAGAUCGCCUUCUUUGUGGCCCCCAACGGGGAGGUGUCGAUCAGCAAGAACAAUGGCCCAGCCGUUGUGGUGAUGCAUGUGGAUCAAUCCCUGCAGCUUUGGGCAUUCCUCGAUGUCUAUGGCUCGACGCAAUCGCUGAGGAUGUUCCGCCAGCAGUUGCCGAAUAUGGUGGCAUAUCCCUCACAGCCGCAGGUGAAUGCCAGCGCCUGCAGCACCUCCACCGCUUCUACCUCUCGAAUGCUGAACAUGACAGAGUCCAUGAGCAGCUUGAAUGCGGGACAGCUGCUGGGCGCUGCCACCAAGAUGCUGCAGCAUAACUCCCAGUUGAGUGUGGCCCAGAGCACCAGCACGCUGGCCUCCAACGCUGGAGGGGCAGCGAAUGGCAAUCGUAUGAUCAGCAUGCCCUCCAACGGUGAUAUCCUGCAGAUCCAACCGAAUGGCGGUGGCACUGUGCUGGUCGUUAACCUGCCACCAGCCAGCAGUUCCCAUGAUUUGAAUGGCCAGCAGAUGAGUGCAAGGCCAACGACAACGACGGUGACAUCCAGUGGAAUAUUGGCAGGAGCCUGCAGCAGUGGCACACUCAUUAGCACAGCCAGCAGUCAAUAUAUUGAGCCCGUUGCUAAUAGCACAAAUAAUGCUGCCAACAAAUGGAAGGAUAGCCUGAGCGAUCAGCAUAGCACGGACUCGAGUGCCGAGUGCACUAUUUGCUAUGAGAAUCCCAUUGAUUCGGUGCUCUAUAUGUGCGGACACAUGUGCAUGUGCUACGACUGUGCCAUCGAGCAGUGGCGCGGCGUGGGCGGUGGCCAGUGUCCGCUCUGUCGAGCAGUGAUACGGGAUGUCAUCAGGACCUAUACGACGUAGGAGCCGCCACUAAAGGAUUCAGCGUUGGAGCAAGGAAGCGGGAAGCGUUUCAGUUUCCUAAACAAAGAAAGAAAACUUUUAAACUCGCAAUCAAAUCUACAAACAAAACAAAAAUUACUAUAAAAACUACACACAAAGAUUGUUGCAUUUCGUACGAAAAAGAGCGCAAAAAGAGAGCAAUUAUUUAAAGGAAAGAAAAGCAGCGGAAGAGAGAAAGCAAUUAUAUAAGGUGUAAUAGGAGCGAAUAGGAGGAGAGCACAGUAUGGAAUGGAUUGCAAGACUCUAGUAUUAACAAAUAAUUAAUAUUUUUGCAGAAACUAAAGAUUACAGAAAGAACUAACUAAAGAGAGAGAUUAUCUUUGCGCAAGAGGAAUGAAUGUCUGUCUGCAUGCUUCUUAUAUGCUUAUUAUAUAUAUAUAAUUUUUUUGUGAUUUUAUGAGUAUAAGAGUGCGCCCCAAGAGAAUAUUAUUGUAUUGUUCAAUCGAGAUUUUUACGUUUAUUUCAAUUUUUUGUAAACUCCCCAGAGAAUCGCAGGACGUAUUUUGAGCGAUAUACUUAUACAUUAUAUGAUAUAUUUAUGCGUGUUGUAUACCACAUAUAAAAACCAAAGUAUUGUAUGGAUGGAUUGUUGUACGAGAUUGUACGAGAUGUUGAUAUUGAUCAGAACCGAUCCGUUUUUGUAUUAAAUUUUAUAUUGUAUUGUGCAAAAAAAAAUUGAAGGGCAAAAGUUGUUGCAAAUUUACCUAGUUUUUCUUUAUAUGAAAUUUUCUAUUAAAAAAAAAAACAAAAUUAUAUUUUUCCAAUCAUUUUGGUGCUAAAAAAUGUUUUGAAUUUGCGAAAAAAAAAUUAUGAAAAUUGUUAAAGGAUUUUGAAUGAAAAGUUAUGUUUAAGCUUGCAGCAACUACAGCAACAGGAUGGAAAUUAUAGGAAUUAAAACCAAUGACUACUUUCAGGACAAAAGGAAACGGAUAAAAAUCUAUAAAUAAUAUAUUCUGCCAGCACAAAAAGGAUUGAUUGAUCAGAGAAAAAAUACUUACAUAUAUGCACGAAAACCAAAAUAACAGAAAGCAAGAUGCGUGUUAAAUCUAGUUUAUAGUUUAGGCUUUAAGUCAGAUUUUAAGUUAAUUUCUAGUCAACGAAUUAUGCUGAAGUUUAAUCUAAAAAAA